UCACGUGACCCGCUGGGACUCCCGGGGAGCCUACGGGAGGGGUUGUCCUGCUGCCGAAGUUGCGCCGCCGGCCCUUCCUUUUGAACCAUAUUUGGAUCUGCUUCCUCGGGGCUUCUCUCGGGUGGGGAAUCUCCUACGUCACAGGCUUGCUGUCGUUCUUAAUCCACCAGGAAAAAUGACUCACUGGUUUCAUAGAAACCCUUUAAAGGCUACAGCUCCUGUCACAUUCAAUUACUAUGGGGUAGCCAGUACUCCAGCUGCAGCAAAGAUCUGCAAUGAUCUAAGGUCCUCUCGAGCACGACUCUUGGAACUUUUUACAGAUUUGAGUUGUAAUCCAGAUAUGAUGAAAAAUGCAACUGAUUCUUAUUUUUCACUCCUCCAAGGCUUUAUCGUUUCACUGGAUGACUCUUCACAGGACAGCAAACUGAGAUAUAUUCAGAAUUUUAAGUGGAUAGAUACUUUGCAUGGACAAGUACCAAGUACCCAGCAAGAUGCUGUAUUUGAACUCUGUUCCAUGGGAUUUAAUGUGGCUUUAUGGUACACCAAAUAUGCAUCAAGGUUGGCUGGAAAGGAAGACAUAACGGAAGAUGAAGCAAAGGAUGUCCAUCGGAGUAUGAAAAUAGCAGCUGGAAUUUUCAAACACUUGAAGGAAAGCCAUAUCCCUAAACUGAUCACUCCAGUAGAAAAGGGAAGAGAUUUAGAAGCUCGGCUUAUAGAUUGCUACAUUAUUCAGUGCCAAGCUGAAGCUCAAGAAGUGACGAUUGCUCGAGCGAUUGAGCUGAAACAUAAUCCUGGUCUAAUAGCUGCGCUGGCCAAUGAAACAGCCAAUUUCUAUCUGAAAGCAGAUCAAAUGUUAUCCAGUCUGGACCCAGCAUACACAUUGAAGUGGCGAAAAUAUUUUCAUUUGAAGUCAUGCUUCUAUAUGGCUUAUGCCUAUUGCUACCAUGGACAAACCCUUUUGGCCAGUGAUAAAUGUGGAGAAUCAAUUCGUGCCUUACAAGAAGCAGAAAAAUUUUUUGCAAAGGCUGAAGCAUUAUGCAAAGAAUACGGUGAAACCAAAGGCCCUGGGACUACAGCUAAGCCUUCCGGCCAUCUUUUCUUUAGAAAAUUAGGAACUCUGGUGAAAAAUACCUUGGAAAAAUCCCAGCGAGAAAAUGGAUUUAUUUACUUCCAGAAGAUUCCCUCAGAGGCUCCCCAGCUAGAGCUGAAAGCUAACUAUGGUCUGGUUGAGCCUAUUCCUUUUGAGUUCCCUGCAGUGCAUGCCCAGUGGACCCCAGAAACCCUUGCUGCGUUCGAUCUCACCAAAAGGCCAAAAGAGGACAGUGCGAAACCAAAACCAGAGGAAGACGUGAAACCUAUGAAAGAGCCAGACAUAAAGCCUCAGAAAGACACAGGCUGCCAGAUCUCUUAAAUUCUGCAAGUGCUUUUAAAUACCUCUUGUGAGCUGCAUCUUGUGGACUAUUGGGGUUCUCUUGUCUUCCCCAUUUACUGCCACUUCUGGACUCCUUCAUCCUAAAAUCAAUUCACAGCUUUUCACGUUUUAUACGUAUCUGUACUUUGGCUGAGUUACGUGACUACAUUUCAAAGGAAGCUGACCGGGAAUGGAAAGAAUAAAACCCGAUUGGAAAAAGUGUAUGAUCUUAGCGCAGAAAGUGAGCACUUAAAAUCUCAAACUGAAUAGGCACCUGAUUAUGAAAGAAAUGAUAGGGAAUACAAGGGGUAAAUCUAAGGCAGUGCAGUAAUAGGGAAUUGAACAAAAGAAUUAUUGUGGGAACAUGUAAAGUGCUGUAUAAAAACAAAGUUGACUGAAGCCAGGGCAAGAGAACAAGAAAAAUGAAUGUGAAGAUCACAUUUUAAGAGCAAGAGAAUUUCUAAAAUCCACAGAAAUGUAUAGAAGUACCACUUUAAAACUAGAGUAAAGAUAGAAAGAUUCAGCACAGGAAAUAGAAGAUUCCCACUAGUGUUGUUUUAGCCCUGAGAGGGUGACAGCUCAUCUUCACACUUCAAAUACUGCAAGACAAAUACAAGAAAAUGGAGCUUUCAUGUGAUGUUUGAUCUACUAUUUUGACAAACACAAAAGUUUUUUUUAUAUAAUUGCUGUAAAGGAGAAAAAACAGAACCACAUGUUAGAAAUGAUUCAGCCUUUAUACCUUAAGAGCUUAAUAGAAGUAAGAUGAUUAAGGGGAGAACUUUACAUUUCAUAUGAACGUGCUCUGUUAGGUAAAGCUUGCUUGUUCUAGAGAGGGAGAACUAGUGUCCUGUAGAGAGGACUCACGGGUAUAUAGUAGUACUGUAUAGUAACAUGAAUAUAGUGACAUGAAAGUACUGUAUAGUGACAUGAAAAGGGGGCUUAGAAUAAUGAACCUGGAUGUAGAAACAGAUUGUACAAAAGGACAAUGUAGGGAAGGCAGUAUAUAUCCUGUCUGUGGAAAAGGGUGGGGUAAGAAAUGAAUUGAUGGGUAUCUAUUCACUGCUGUAUUGCAACUGGACAUGGAGGCGCUUCUAACAAAAGAGAAUUAGGAAGUUGAAGAAAAGAAUAGGAUGGUAAUACAGUUGAGAAGAGUUAUAACUGUAGUAGAUAGAAAUGUUCAAAGCAAGAGUGUGAAGGUUGAUUUUGGAGGCUUGGUAAAAUUAUGGAUAAAUCAUUAAAUGGCAGUAGAAUGGAAGCACUGGGGUUGAAUCUAAGAAAUAUUUACUCUUGGUAGAAACUGGAAGCUGAAAUAAUCUCACUGCCUCUGUUUAUGCUAUUUAGAUUAUCCCUGUUUCUCAUAACGUUUGAGAGAUUCCUAACAAAGGUUUGUUUUCCACGUUCAAAGUAGCAAGCAGUGUCUCUUUUGUAAAUAAGGGUCUUUUCUACACAGUUAAAGAUAUCUCACAGGGCAGAUGCCUAGAACAGGAUUCAAAUGCAAGUUUGUAAAGCAAUUUAAUGUGGUAUUUGGCCUUGUUUCAUUCUUCUUAGCUACGUAUAGGUUACCGCAACCUUGCAACAAAAAAGAAAACUACAAGUGAAAUCAGACUUUACAGAACCUUUCAAACCCUACAGAUUUGUGUUUAGAAUCUCAUUUAUGUAUUUGUAAACUGAAAUGUGUAAACUGAUGGCAACUUCUGUAGGUUAAUUCAGUUUGGUGAGAUUAUUUAAUGCUGUAGAACACUGAUUCUCAAUCUGUGGUUCCCCAGAUAUUUUGGCCUUCAACUCACAGAAAUCCUAACAGCUGGUAAACUGGCUGGGAUUUCUGGGAGUUGUAGGCCAAAACACCUGGGGACCCACAGGGUGAGAAGCACUGCUGUCAAGUAUCAGCAUGGCUAGACUUGGAAAUGUUUAUGGAGGCCAGAAAAUAAUGUGCUUCAGAAUGUUUCAUUAUUAAACAUUGAUAGUAUGUCAGUCAAGCAAGUGCAACUCUACAUUGGUUUUAUCGAACACUAAAAUUAAGCAUUUGUUUUGGGUAUUUUCUUACAAUCUCAUACCAAAUUGGAUGGAAGAACAACAGAAGCUAUGAAAGUGUGUGUGACAGUGUUUCAUGUAGCAACGUUUUACCAGGUUAUGUAAAGGUCAAGAGAGCAUUCAGGUAAUUGUGAUCACCAGUCUCAGGAUGUGUAAUUAGGAUAUUCCUAGAGUUUCAGGUUAGUCAUUUGCAAUUAUUCAUUUUCACCAACUAUGCCAUUAGCCAGUUAAUAAAAAGUGCCAUAAAUAAACUGCUAUUAGCAAACAAUUCAUCCAUCAAUUUAGCCAGACGCAAUCAAUUAUGCUGCCCAAUCAUAUCAAUUUGUAUUAAAAAAAUAAGCGUAAUUGAUUUCAUAGAGGUUUGAAAGUAAGCACAGCUUUAUUGUGCUUCCACUUAAUAGUUAAUAUUCCUCAUGAUCUAACACUGAUGCCCUUCCAUCUUCUGGACUGCAUCAAAUUUUCCCACAGUUAAUCAGCAUUCUCAGUAGAAGAUCAGCAGCUUAUUGUUUUGCUCAGUCCCUCACCCUUCAACUCUGGGGAGGGAAUUCAUAUAUGUCUAUUUGAGAAGAAGCUGAAGAGAGCAGGGGGUGCCCCUCUUUUAUUUUCUCUCCCAUCCAAUGGAUGGUUGAAGGAUGGAUGGAUUGGUCUUAUUAGAGAUGUGAAUCAAAACACUCUCAGAGUCCUUUGAAAGCAGGCCAUGGGCUGCAGGUUGGUCAUUAUGAGCUUGUUGCCAGGUGUUAUGACUAAAUGUCAGAAAACCUCUGAUCAACCCUCUUCUCUUCUGAGAUGUACUAGAUGUCCUUCAUAUCUCAUUUAUUCACCCAACUCUUUUCCAGCUCACAUGGCUCUUGUUUCCUUGUGUGAUUUUGUUUUUCUUCAGACCUCACUCCUUCCUUCUCUUAACCAUAAUCUUUUGCUAAGUGUAUUGUGCUCAUUUCUGACCACAUAUUCCAAACCGGUAGCAUUGCAGUGAAGCUGAGAUACAUUAUGUCCUAUAAUUGAAGCUACAGUUUUGAAUUAAAUGUCAAUGUGUACUUUUUUUUCCUUGGGUUUUUGGUUGUUGGUGCAAUACUAAAGCUUCACGCUAGACCUCAGGAAUGACAAAAUAUUUCCUUUCUCACAGAUUUCAAUCACAGUCACAAAUUAAUCACAACAGUGAUAAAAUUAUUGGUAGCAUUGGCCCUUUCAGUAAAAAUAUGCUGUUCCCUUUUUGUGGUCUGUUUGAGGUUUUGUAGCAUGAAAUAAUUACAGAGCAACUACAGAGCUAAUGAGCAACUUGGAUGACAACCACCGAGAACCCUCUUGUCAAAUGAAAAUAGAUGUCCAGUACAACCCAUUUUUGGGGGGAGAUAAGUUCAUAGACCUCCAUGCAUACUUGAAACUGUGUGGAAUAACAAGCUAUACAUUUUAGUUUAUACUUAGGCCUGAAUCAUGCUUUAGAUUUGUACUGGAGGACCAAGAGUGACCCACAAAUACUCCAAGGGAGGGAAUAUUUUUUGAAUGGGUAAGAUACAUGGAUAAGGGAGUCAACUGUCAAUGUAUAUGUAACAAUAUCAGCUUUUGAGGUCUCCACAAGUAAUGAUUGAGCUUGCAGUGGUUCUCAACCUGUGGGUUCCCAGAUGUUUUGGCCUUCAACUCCCAGAAAUCCUAACAGCUGGUAAACUGGCUGGGAUUUCUGGGAGUUGUAGGCCAAAACACCUGGCUGAGAACCACUGAGCUAGAUGAUUAGAAAAUAAGAUCAAGAGAAGAAAAGAAUAGAAAACUUUUAAAAACUGGUUUCUAAUCUGUAGCCAAAGAAAUCUGUAAUUAAAUCAAAUCUCAAAGGGGAGACUGGAGGUGUGAGGAGUUUUUUUUGUUGUUGUUUUGAAAAAGAAAAACUGGCACACAGGCAAACACACAACACCUAGACUGUAAUGCUUGCUACUGAUCACUUGUCAACAAUCUCUCCCUUCCCUCAAUCUCUUUGUGACUACUUUUCCUCUUGCCUAUCCCUGAGAAAGCUCCUGCUUGUGCAAUAUCAUGUACCAUAAGAAAAUGUUUGAUUUUAAGCCUUAUUUUUACAAAAUGUAGCUCAAGAUCUGUAUAUGUGAUUAAAGCUUCCUUAGUCAUCUUCCAAACUUGAGAGGCAUUUCAUCUUAACAAUGUUGUGUAAAUUAAAUGAAUUGACACUGGGCUUUCACUUCAUUUCUUAGGAUUAAUACCAUUACUUUGAUUAUUUUAUGAUGUACUUAAUGUGUUUGUAUUGAGAAAAAUAUAUGACUACUUGCAUUCCAAAGUGUGUGUGACAAAGGCCUCUGUAGGCACUGUGACUGAAUAGUCUUUCGUUUAGAAAUAUUUUGCUACAUGGGGCAGAGCAGCAAAUGUCCUGCCAAAUCAAGGAGCAUAGGAUCCAAUGCCAAGCCACAUAUGUUCAUCCCUAUUGCAUUUUAAUUCAAUAAUCAUGAAAUUAAAAACCUGCUGCCCUUUAAUGACACCCAAAACCAGCCUAAUGGUAAGGCCAAUUUUUGGCUUAGUUAUUGUGAUACUAUUGAUCACCUGGCUAGGCUUCAGUAAGGAAACCAGGUGCAGGAGAAGAUUUGAGACCCCAUACAUUGAAAUUCUAAAUUUUUACAUGAGUUCAUAUUUAUAAUGUCACCAAUAUGAAAAGUUACUGGCUACAUGCAUUUAUUUAUUUAUAAUGUAUAAUUUAUUUAUUUGAUGUCAUUAUUGUCUUUAUUAAUAUCCCGCCUUUCUCCCCGUGGGAAAUCAAGGCAGCUAAUACUCCACACUAGACAAUUUUAAAAACAAAUAGUAACAGUAUACUAAAAACAAAAUUAAAAUACAGGAAAUACACUAACAUGGCCUUUAAAACUCAAUCCCCAAUCAUUUGGGGUUAAUAUAUUUUAGCUUCCUUUCCCCCUCCAAAGCACUCCAUCUAACCAGUGCACUGAUCGGUUUUCAGUGGAGAGGAGAGAAAAGAAAACAAAGGAUGGACUAGUGAAAGUUUUGCAUUUAACCUCAGGAUCAGGAGUGUUGACAGCCUGAAUUUUCAGAAAUGAGUAAAAACUAUUAUAAUUUGUUCUUCCCAAAGAGUCUUGGGAAGGCUCAUGAUAUAAUUUGAGGGGGAGAGUCCUCCCGUGUUCUAUUUUAAGACUGACUAAAUGUAGUCACUGUGGCUUGAACAUCAACUAGCAUCUUUUCUUGUGACUUUUGUGAGACGUUAAUUACUCUAGUAUAAAUCCCCCCCCCCCCAAGACACACACACACCCCGCCUUUGGCCAACAUUGUGUUCUCCACUUUGGGAUUAUAGCAAGUUUCCAUUUAGCAUGCUGUGUUCACGAGUCCAUAUGAUUAUGUCUUUAGAGGUCUAGGAUAAGUUGUUGCCUUUCAAUAUAUUACCACAAAGACAACUUUGCACUUUAUAAUCUUCAUGUUCUUUAUUAUGUAAAUAUUAUAUACUGCUUAUAUUGAUAAAGAUGGUUAAAUGGGAUGUGAUUAAAAAUUUAAAAACUGUCUACUGUAAUCUGCCUCAGCCACUUGCGCUAGAAUAAAUUGUAAAUUAAAAAUGAA